AUGGAUGAAUUUAAUGAAUUUGUUGUUAGUAAUGAUUCACUAUAUGGAUUUGCCGGAACUAGCGCAUCCGCAUCAUACAAUAAUGUCUUGGGUGAUUUUGUUGUUAAUAACACCCUAUACAAUUACCCAAACGAAUUUGAUGUUAGUAAUAUCUUGUAUGAAAAUGAUGAUACGAUGAAUUGUGAGGAUACUCAGCACGAGAAUGUAAUAAUGGAUGACAGAUUUCAGGUCAUAAAUAAAGAUCCUCAAGUUAGCGUUUUUAUCAGUUAUGUAUUG